AGAUAAUUCUUUCUUUUCUUUAUAGGCUGAUAGUCACUUGUGAAAAUGACCUUUUGUAAACUCCAGGAGAUAUUUGCCUGCUGACACAUUGUUCUCCUGUUUCCAGCCCAGUGGCGCAGUGGCUCUCAGCUGUCAUUCCCCAAAACAGGUGCUGUAAAUCAAUACCUUGGUGGCUAUAUUUCGCCAGCACCCUGGUGGGAGGCAGCACAGCCCUUCUCCAAAGAGACCUCAUAGGCGCUUUGUGUGUGCAUCUGUCUGUUUGACUGCAGCGAGCGGAUGAUAAAGGUCCAUCACAUACUCCUCCUCGUCUCUGCAGCUGGGCUGGUCCUGUGCUAUGAAGAUGAGACUCGCCUCGUCGAGGACUUGUUCAAGGACUACAACAAGGUGGUGCGACCAGUGGAGGACCAUCGGGAUGCUGUCGUCGUCACUGUUGGGCUGCAGCUCAUUCAGCUUAUUAGCGUGGAUGAAGUAAAUCAGAUUGUGACAACCAAUGUGCGCCUGAAACAGCAAUGGACAGAUGUCAACCUCAAGUGGAACCCGGAUGACUACGGUGGUGUGAAAAAAAUCCGCAUCCCCUCAGAUGAUAUCUGGCGGCCAGAUCUUGUACUUUACAACAAUGCAGAUGGUGAUUUUGCCAUUGUUAAAUACACCAAAGUGCUCCUGGAGCACACAGGCCUGAUCACCUGGACACCACCAGCUAUUUUCAAAAGUUACUGUGAGAUUAUAGUCACGCACUUCCCAUUCGACCAGCAGAACUGCAGUAUGAAGUUGGGAACUUGGACAUAUGAUGGUACAGUGGUUGUUAUUAACCCGGAGAGUGAUCGCCCAGAUCUGAGUAACUUCAUGGAGAGUGGGGAGUGGGUGAUGAAGGAUUACCGUGGCUGGAAGCACUGGGUUUACUACGCUUGCUGCCCUGACACCCCCUACCUGGAUAUCACCUACCACUUCCUCAUGCAGCGCCUGCCUCUCUACUUCAUCGUGAAUGUCAUUAUUCCCUGUCUGCUCUUCUCCUUUUUAACCGGGUUUGUUUUCUACCUACCCACAGAUUCAGGUGAGAAAAUGACUCUCAGCAUCUCUGUCCUGCUGUCUUUGACUGUGUUCCUUCUGGUCAUAGUGGAGCUGAUUCCCUCCACUUCCAGUGCAGUGCCUCUGAUAGGCAAAUACAUGCUGUUUACAAUGGUGUUUGUCAUCGCUUCAAUCAUCAUCACGGUCAUCGUCAUCAACACCCACCACCGCUCCCCAAGCACUCACACCAUGCCGCACUGGGUCAGGAAGAUCUUUAUUGACACAAUCCCAAACAUCAUGUUUUUCUCUACAAUGAAACGACCAUCCAGGGAUAAACAAGACAAAAACAUUUUUUCAGAAGAUAUUGAUAUUUCAGAAAUCUCUGGGAAGCCAGAUUCUGUGCCUGUCAACUUCUACUCCCCGCUUACCAAAAAUCCAGAUGUGAAAAAUGCCAUAGAGGGAAUCAAAUACAUUGCGGAAACGAUGAAAUCAGACCAAGAAGCCAGUAAUGCUGCAGAAGAAUGGAAGUUUGUUGCGAUGGUGGUUGAUCAUCUUCUCCUUGGCAUAUUUAUGCUAGUUUGUAUUAUAGGAACAUUAGCUGUAUUUGCUGGUCGCCUUAUUGAAUUAAAUCAGCAAGGAUGAACAUCAACUGGAAACUAUUUGCUAGCCUGGUCAGCAUCUGAAAGCAUCUCAACCAUCAAAACCUGGCCAGCCUCCGAAAGUUUCACAGACAGGAAUCUGUCCCUUCUGGGAGAGAGCAGGGAUAAUAAAAUGUAAGGCUCCAUACUUAGCAACUCUGAGCUGCCGCUCAGUGGUAUUUCAUUGCCAAAAAGCAGCACUCACAUUAUUGGUAGGCUGAAUGGCUGUCAGCCAGGUUUUGAUCUGUUUCACCAUUUAUUAAAAAUGUAAAUGUAUUAAUAAGACUGUCUGACUCUGUAACCCUCAGAUACAAUUCCACUGAAAUCAAUAGCAGCCUAAUAAGCUUUAGCUGAGCUGUAAAUCUGUAUCGAGCUUUAGCAUUCAAGCUGGUUUCAAUAUCUGCUCUGUGGUUUUCUUAUUGGCAGCAUCACAGAUGAUUCCUCUUGCAACACUAGAUGUAGCCAGCAAACUCCUCGAUAAAGCACUGGAUUUUCAUGCACAAAUCUGAAAUGACUGUCAUAUGUGGCUUUACCUGUAGAAACUCUCGAUGCAGCAAAGAGAGCAUAGUAUUCCUUACUGUGGGAAUGGUCCAGCCUCAGCCAGUUGGGUCCCAUAGACAUUUUUUGCUAUCAAGUCCCUUGGUAAAGGACUUGUAGAGGAGGAUUUUUUUUGCCCUGUUUUAUUACUGAGCACUGCUUCGUGAUCAUUAGGCAUCCCAGUGACUAUGCUGCAGUUGCUGCCCUCUCAUUUCUGCCUGCUAAUACUCAUUAUAAGAAGCCCCACAUUCAUUAUGUUUUAAUACUCAGGAUUUUCAGCUGUCAGCAGAGAUCUUCUGUGACUGCAGUCUAAGGGAAAAGUUUAGGCUGGAGCAGAAUGGGUGGUAUCCAUAAAAUAAUCUCUGUACUCAGCCUGCUCCGUGUUGGGAAGGUCGGUUUCAUCUCUCCAUUCUGAGGGAUGGCUAAUGUUGGGGCAACUUUGAAUUUUGGGUUGCUCAGUAAACCAGCUUAAACAAAUUAUCUCUGCUCCCUGAAAGCUGUCCCCUGCCCUGCUGAAAUAGAUCCUCAGCAUUAAAGUCAGACACAGCAUCACAAAGAUCAUUCGUAGGGCAGGUGUGUGUCUGGGUUUUCCUUAUGUAUGACAAA